AUGUCGGACAAAGAAAAUGAAGAAAAUCAGGUGAAUGAAGCUUUUGGCGAACUGCUCGCCAAGUUCGUCCAAAGAAAUCCUUGUCUUUAUGAUAAAAAGUGCAAAGAAUAUAAAGACAAGAACUUCGUCGCUGAUACAUGGAGCUCCAUCGCAAGUGCCUGCAAUAUGUCAUUGGACAUGGUACAGAAACAGUGGAAAAUUCUUCGCGGUCAAUUCACUCGAGAACACCGCCUUGAGAAGAUGUACGAGCCAUCGGGUACAGGAAAUGACACUUCUAAGAGGCCACGGAAAACAUGGUAUCACUCCCUUCUCUUUUUGGCACCACAUGUGGCCCAUCGCAGUACAUCUAGCAACUUUGUGCGAGGGAGUACAAUAAUCACUAAAUCAUCCCCGUCAACACCACAAUCUGCACUACAGUUAGCAUCGCAGUCAGCAUCUGGAUCAUCGUUUAGCAAUCUGUGGACUCCAAAUCUUUUUAGUGAUGGUUCAACUCCACCACCAGAGAGAUCAACGUCUUCAGAAUCUUUAGCAACUUCAGUAUCUUCAAUUAGUCAGUCAAAGUCACUAGCUAUUGCAAGGAGAGAUUUACUUUCCCCACCACCUGACCAAUCUGCAACUCGGAGACUAAAGGAGUCUCAUAAAGAACAGGAACAGCUGUCUAAAAUGAUAGGCAAUACGACUGAGACUAUAAACAUGCUUAUGCAUAAUUUAACAGAAAAGCGCUCACAGCCUGUCAGUGACGAUAAUGGAGAAGAGGCAGCAAUGGCAAAGGCGUUAAUUUAUGCAUUGAGAAGAGUAAGCUCCAAGUACAAAAUCCAAUGUUAUAUUGAAUGUUUAUCUGUUUUGGAUAAAUUCCAGCUGUAA